AUGAAUACUACAUCAAGCAGUGUUAGUAGUGUUAAUAGUGCUCUUUUAGCUGCACCUUAUCAAUUGAAUAUGUGGCUUGGUUUAUUUAUUUGGGUAGCAGGUAAUCUUGGUUCUAUUGGAAAUAUGAUAGUAUUUAGUUCUCGAACAUUUCGAAAUCGAGCUUAUUCAGUUUAUCUAUUAUCAGAAGCUAUGUCUGAUUUUAUUUACUUUGAUUUUCUAUUACUUACAAGAGUACUUCAAAAAGGAUUUCAAAUUCCAAUAACUACACGUUAUGAUGUAUUGUGUAAACUUCGACAAUUUGUUUCCGUUUGGAGUCAUCAAGUUUCGUUUACUCUAUUUUCAUUUGCAACAAUUGAUCGACUUUUAUCUGCACAACGUUCGAAUACAUAUCGUCAAUGGAGCAAUCGUGUAGGACUAGCUUACAAAAUGAGUAUCGCAUGUGUACUCUUUUGGCUAUCGUUUAUUGGUCAUCGACUGAUUUUAUAUAGUGCUAGUAAUGGAAAAUGUGGUCCUCUUUCAGGCUUUUAUUCUUAUUUUGAUAAUUAUACUGAAGUAGUUAUUACAGCAAUAUGUACGCCAAUAGUGAUGGUUGUACUUGCUUAUUUAUUAAUACACAGUGUUCGUGAUGUUAUUCAACGACGGAUUGUUCCUGAUAAUAAUGGACCGCCGGUAAGCAUUGCACAUCGAUCAGUUCUUCAACAAAUUGAUUCUCGACUUACAUUGAUGCUUAUAUUACAAUCAAUCAUUACUAUAAUAACAUAUACACCAUAUGCAAUUGAACUUAUCUAUACAAAUGUUACCCAAUAUUGGCCCAAAUCAGCUUUACAACUUGCUAUAGAAAAAGUCAUCGUUGAAUUUAUUCAUUUAGUAUCAUAUACAUUUUUUGCCACUAGUUUUUACGUAUCGUUAAUUUCGAAUAGUGGUUUUCGUCGACAAUUCAAAAGAUUCUUUAGAAAGCCAAAGCCUGAUGAUCAUACAAUUCAUAUAAAUACUAUUUUUCAUACGAACACAAUUAUUAAUAUUCAACAGAAAUAA